AGUGGGGUGGUGUUAGUAUAUUUACAAAUUAUUGGACGUCAAUGCAAUAACGCCUUUAACUGUAGAUUCGGGAAGAUGAUAAAGCGAAUAAAACGACGGCGUUUAAUGAUAAUAGUUUCGAGUUUCGACAACAGUGGCAAUGUUUUCAUCUUCGAUUAGGUUAAUCGUAUCUGGAUCCCACCGGACUCAAACCCUAAAAUCGCCGUCAAAUUCUCCGAGCGUCUUCAUCUCCGUACCUAAAUUCUUUAACUCUGAGUCAAAUUCGACGGGAACCGGUUCAAGAUCCGUAGCGAUGAGCAGCGUAGAGAAAACCGGGUCGGAUUCAGGAGCAAUCGAGAAUCGAGCGAGCAGGAUGAGAGAGAAGCUUCAAAAAGAGCUCGAUCCAGUGGAGCUCGUGAUCGAAGAUGUUUCGUAUCAGCACGCAGGUCACGCCGGAAUGAAAGGUAGAACCGACGGAGAGACUCAUUUCAAUGUGAAGAUCGUUUCUAAAGGAUUCCGAGGAAUGAAUCUGGUUAAGAGACACAGGUUGGUCUACGAUUUGCUCCGGGAAGAGCUCGAUACUGGAUUACACGCUCUUUCCAUCGUCUCCAAGACGCCGUCUGAGUCUCCUCCAUAAGGCUAAUAGUGCCUGUACUGAAUAAUGUAUCUUCUGUGACAUUGAUGAUGCUUAUUGAAGCUUUAAAGCUUAAGUUGUUGUUAAAAAAAUCCAACUCUUUUCGAUUUAAAGAUUGAAUUUUUCCCA